AUGGCAAUUUUCACUGCGUCGAUGACAAAUAGCUCGACAACUUACACACGAUUUUCUACAGCUGAAGUUGUUUCUUUGACACCAGAGUAUGGUCCAACUUCCGGCGCAGAAACCGAAGUGACAAUUCACGGUUCUGGGUUUCCUACCGCAGUUAUCGGAGGCGGAGGGAAAAGCCAUGCUGCGGCGUGUCGAUUUGGUGUAUCGAGUACAUCAGAUUAUCGUUUUCCGUUUGAUGGUUGGGUGCCGGCUGUAGCUGUGAGUAGCACACGGAUUAUUUGCACGGCUCCACCAUCUUUGCGAGCCUCGUUGACAGAGCGUGAAGGUCCUUCUAUCAACGGUGUAGCGGAGAUCGAGAUAUCUUUUGAUGGUUACCCAUCGAAUAACCUGACUGAUAGUGAUGGAUUGUUUCAAAGUUCACUGUGGUCCAAAGACCACGUUGUCUUCCGGUAUUAUGCCGUGCCUGAUACUGUAAGUGUCCUCUCAGACGGAAAAUAUCCCGCUGAUGUGAUGGUUACAGGGGAGGCUCCUGAUCAAACUGCUUCAAUCUUAACCUUCAUUGGUGGAAGUUUCAUUGAUUCAGGAAUGAUCACCUGCCGCUUCAAUCUGGAUACAAGCUCUGACCAGAGUGCUUCAUAUAUUUCUGUGACGCGGUUUACUUGUCCGGUGUGCCAAACUCACCUAAUUCUUGGCAAAGUGAGGUGCUACCCUCACGGACUUGUGAGCACUGACAUGUAUCAUCCUAUGCCGUGGUUGUCAGAUAAUAAUCCAAGAACUGCGAAGCUAUCGUUCUCUUUGAAUGGCAGGGACUUUCACGUUUCAGUCAGAACUCUUAAGAUAUUUGGCCAGCCACAUCACCUUAAGUUUUUACACCAACGUGCGCCUUCGCAACUUCAAUAUGGUUCUGCGGAGAACUCUGUGGGACGCAUGACCCUCGAUCCACUCGAACUGGUGACUGCUGACCUGAGCGGGCACACCGUUCAAAACGACUUUGGCCUCGGUGGAACUCGAGGGUUUACGGCGAGUGUGGCACUUAACACCUCAGCGUCUUCUGUGAACAGUCAUCCGAUAAACCUGAUUGAAUAUACCGCGAUAGGAUCCACGGUUGAUGGAGCUUUAACACUAGCACCCCAGUUUAGUCGUGCACCUUUUUUUGGCGAUUACCAUGUUAACUUUGAACUACAAGAUUGCACACUUGCUGGAGAAUGUGUCGACAUGCCCGGUACCAGUACUUUGAUCGUGUCUGUGAUGCCUGGUGUCGCCACGCAAAUAUUAUCCCACCCAGGACAUGUUUCAUCUUCUGAACUAACUUCACUCUGGAUUCCUGAUGACGCGAGCAUUAAGUAUGCAUCCGCCUUCGUAAAGCUGGAUGCGUAUUAUGUUGAUGUCAGGGAUGCAGGUGCGAACUUUGUCGGUGACCUUGACAGCCUAAGUCACUUCAUCAGCGUCAGCAGUACGACCAGCCAGCUGAAACACAACGGUGGGGGUUUAUUGGAGGAGCGACUGACGGGAGCCGAACUCGUCGGGAAGAGGACUUCGGGGUCAUUAAGUGGUACAGCAGAGUUUCAUGAUCUCAGUUUAACUAGCCAGAAACCAAGUGGAGAUCGUAUUCCUGGAGUAGCGAGCACACUCAGGUUCGGGACAGCCUCUCGUGGCAACUCAGGGACUGAUGAAAUAUACAUCUUACAAUUUUUUGCUGAGUUGCCAAGUCUCGCUAGCGGUGCAAUAGCCACAUCUGCUUCAAAGUUAAAGUUAGUUCCAGGCGAGGCGUCUUACCUGAACAUUUCAGAUUAUGCGGACGUCACCAUUAUUUGCAACACGCCUGAAGUUCCUAUUUCGGAAUUAAUUACAGUCAACCUUUUUGAUGGUGGCAAUAACAAGCUCACCACUGUUGACACUCUACAUCAAACCGUCACAGUACGUCCUCACGGUUUAACUGCUCUUGAUUUCACUGGAAACGUAGCUGUAACAGACCUGACUGGGCAAGGGGAGUGGCACUUUCCUGCAUCUUCCAUCUAUCUUGUGUGCGAAUUCGCAGGAUCAUAUGGCCUACAGUUCGUUUCACAUACUGUCACACCAACUGUUCAAGUGAUAAACAUGAUCAAAGGCACGUACGGAUUUCAAUGGCACGCUGUCCAAAUUGGAAGGUGGGCCAACCUAUCUGCCUCCAACUCAGUCCCCAUAGGUUCGUUCAAGUUGGAGGUGCUCGAUGGAGCGGGUAAUUUGAUGGGAAUUGAUGAUCGUUACAUCGCGAACAUGCAGUUCCCGGUGAACCGGCUCGUGCAUUGUUCAUCAACGACAGUAAAUCUAACGGGCGUGAACGAAGCAAACACGGCUGGAUCUGGCGUUGCAGCAUUUUCAGGACUGAACAUGGUCCGGCCAACUGCUGGUUCCCAUGUGAUCAGUUGCACUGAGCAUGCAAUCAUCAUACAUCAAAUUCCGCUUACAAUAUCGGCUUCUGAAGCUGAUUUCGUAUUUUUAGAGGGUGGUAAUUUCACUGUCUCUGUUGUUCCAGGAGAUCCUGAUGCGUUGCAGGUGCUGGCGGCCAGCGCACUUCCGAACCCACUGGUCGAUUAUUCCAUAU